AUAAUAAUCUCUGGCAAUACACCCCAAACUGAGCACGUGCAGGGUGUCCCCAAUGCUCUGUUCUAUCAUCAGAAAUAUUGGGCACUGUGAAAGAAGGGGAGAAUCAGAGAAGACAGGAUCAAACGGCCUUUUUACACAAUGCAGAGGAUUAACUCCUUAUGUUCUACAGCCAUAAGCCAUCAUGGAGCCCAGUACUACCAAGCCAAAAGUUCCAGACUUCCUUUCCAACUUGGGAAAACCCACACUGCGAGGUGUACGCAAGUGCCCACACUGCGGUACAUACAACGGGACCCGGGGCCUCAGCUGCAAGAAUAAGAGCUGUGGCACUGUAUUCCGCUGCCGAGAUGUCAAACAACCCACUAAGGAUGCCGUGAAGCUGCUCACUGGUUCUGACAUGCAGAUCUUCUCAGUCAAACAGAGGGACAAAGGACCUGACCACAGAUGUCUGGUGGUAUUAGGAAUUUCAGAGACCACCAUCCAGACAGCUGAAGGCACAAUAAUCACUCAUAUCAGCUCAGGACGAUGUUUUGCCCCCGGGUGUCUUAAAGCUGCAGCUCGAGGGGUGGUAGAGAAUCAGUGCCAGCACAUUAAGAUGGCCUUGAACUGCCAAGUUGAAGCAGAGGCACUCCAGUUGAAAAGUUCAGUAUUAAAUGCCAUGCAGAUCCCAGGAGAAAUCAAGCAAGACAUCUGGGAACUUGCUAGUGAGUGCUUGGGACCAAUGGUUCAGAAGGUGACCAAAUCCAUCUUUGUAGUGCGCUGUAAAAUCACUCAGCAGAACAGUCUUGGUUACCUCCAUGUAUACCUGACACGGAGAGAUGGCCUACAGAAAGGAGUGGGGCACCUUUUCCAGUGUUCCUGUGAGUCAAAAGCACUGGCAUCUAAGACUGAGAUUCAGGACAAAUGUGUGCAUUAUUACACCUGCCUGGCUGCUUUCGCCAGUGACGACAUCCUCUCCGAACAGUUCACAGAACAUUUCUAUGUCAUGUCUGAAGGCCUGAAAGAGAUAACAGUCUUAGAAACAGACGGCAAGAUGGAGACUGUGGAAACCGUGGUGCAGAUACAUGAAGAAUCCUCACCAUUGCUAAAACCCAAGAAACUGAGAAGGGAUGACUCCCCAGGUACAAACUCUCUGGUACAAGAGGCUACCCUUAACAGUGGGAAGAAGAAUACAGCAAAGAAAACGCCAGUCAAUUCAGCAGCGAAGAGACCAGCCUCUAACCAGCUGAUGGAUGAGGGCCAAGUGUCCCUGACCUUCACAGACUGGCUGUCCAGUGUGACUGAACGAAUUCAUCAGACUAUGCAUUAUCAGUUUGAUGGUAAACCAGAGCCUCUAGUAUUUCACAUUCCUCAGUCUUUCUUUGACGCGCUCUCACAGAGACUGUCCAUGGGCAAUGCGAGGAUGCGGCUCCCCAAUUGCACUACAGCUUUUGUGAGGAAAGAUGCCCUCCCGCUUGGGACUUUCUCCAAAUACACCUGGCACAUAACCAACAUUUUACAUGUAAAGCAGAUCUUUGACACCCCAGAGAUGCCACUAGAAAUCACCAGAAGUUUUGUCCAGAACAGAGAUGGAACGUACGAUCUGUUCAGAUGCCCCAAAGUUGAAGUGGAAAAUAUUGCGGAAACCUAUGGGCGAUUAGAGAAGCAGCCUAUUCGACCACUGGAACUGAAAACCUUCCUGAAAGUCGGCAACACUUCCCCAGACCAGAAGGAGCCGACUCCAUUCACCAUUGAGUGGAUCCCAGACAUCCUGCCUCUCUCCAAAAUUGGUGAGCUUCGCAUCAAGUUUGAAUAUGGCCACCAUCGAAAUGGACCCUUGCCCGAUAUCCACGCACCUCAGUCCCACGCUUUGGAACACACGCUAGAGAUCACGCCACUAACCACCAUCACCUUUGACUAAAUCUCAAGGUUGUGUCUUACAAAGACAGCAGUAAACUGAAUUCAAAGUACCCAGGCAAAUCGCAACUUGUUAAUCCAUUCAUUUAACUACUAGAGAAUGGCUAUGUUUCAUUAGAGAGAAACUUUUGGAUUGCGAUGUCUCUUGUGAAGCAAAUUUUUUUAUUUUUUUUUCCUCUUGCUGCUAUGUUAUAUUGUAUUUUUAUUUGUGUCGAUCUAUGUAAAGAACGUGUCUCUGUCCUAUCCAGGCAGCCUGUCUCAUAUUUAAAACAAAAAACAGCAAUGGAUGUUAAUGUGGACAAUUUGGAUGCUUUGAACAGUGGCUUUCAUCAGCUGUUGUAAAACCUUUCAAAGACGUAAAAGAGAGUAAGCACAUUUCUCUGCAUUGAACAAUGUUUUUUUUUACAUGGCUGGCCCCCCAUUUCUCCGAUGGUACGUCUACAUUGACUGCAGUGGGUGAUUCUUAUUGGACUUUAUUAAGAAAUUGGUUUGGGACCAUUUCAUUGAGACUGAGAAUGAUUGGUCAAUAUCUUUUUAUCAUGAGACAUGAUCUUAUGGCUGCUAUACGCCGUGUGAUCCUUUUUUGUAUAUACUUCUUAAUUAUGCCUUCUUAGGCUCUCUAACCUGCCAUACCCCCUAUC